GCAAAGCAGGUUUGAGGUUCGCUGUUCUGCAUCAUAAUUGCGGGCACAAGCUGCCUGUGCGUGGUGCAUGAGAAAUGAAUCUGGACUCGCCAUCUUGAUUUUUUUCCAGCUCACUUGUGCAGCCACUAGCCACUAGCCAGUGGUUACGGUGUAGUCAAUUAGAAGUAGGCUAGAUGUGAUCGCGAGUUUUUUGGGCCAUUUUCCGGAUCGAAUGGCUUGAAAUAGAUUGAUUUGUGUGCGGAACUGUGUUGAAUGUCGAUACAAAUGUGAAGUGAAUGAGUUUAACAAGGGUUUUCAGCGCUUUGAAGUGAACUAGCGAUGGUCUUAUCAACAAGUGGGAAGACAGGGCAAUUAUAGAAGACGGGUGGUUAUUAAAUGGUGGAUUUGAGUUUUUUAAUUGCUAACAGUGGUAAUCGUGUUCAUAAGUGCUCUCAUUUUGUUGUUUCCUUCUCGCGAACAAACGAGAGGUUGAAUGAACUCAACGAUCUUUAGAAGAAGAUCGAUUCCGAAAUUGAAUAUCCUGUGCUGUAAAUGGGAUCUGCUUUAUUCUUAUAAUAAAUCUUCGAGAAGCGCGAUGCCAAAGCUAAACAGGCUAGCGAUCUGAGCAUACAAGCACCGAAAUUCGAGAAAGAAAGUGUUGAAUUGUGUGAUUCGGAUACAAUCUGAUCAGUCUAGAUCGGGACGGUGUACGAGUGCAGUUGUGGCUAUGACGGGUUCUGGCCAUGCAGUCGUGGUAUGGGAGGUUGAGUCUCACGGUGGCAAAUGGCUACCAUAUAGUCCUGCCGUGUCGCAGCAGUUGGAGCGUGCCUACGGCAAAAAGUUGACGCGUGUCUUGCUUAGCGAUGCUGAUCCAUCUAUGGAACAGUAUUAUGUGAAUGUGCGUACUAUGACACAGUGCUGCGAGGAUCAAGAAUUCGCAGUGACCAACGUUCGCAGGCACUUUUAUAAACCAAGCUCCCCGGCUGGCAAGGGAACCAAAUGGGAGUGGUGCGGUUCGUCUGGAAACGAUUGGCACAGCUACACGAUGGAAGUUCAGUGCGUCAUCGAGGAAGCUUGGGCCAGAGGUGAUCAAACUAUUGAUCUCACCAAAACUCAUCUCAACCUGCCCUACACGAUCAAUUUCCUUAAUCUCACUCAAAUUCGACACCAGAAUGGGCCACUUCGUAGUAUAAGACGGGUACAGCAGGCACCCUACCCGUUGGUGAAAGUUCCGAAUCAACAGGUCAUCAGUACAAACGUCGUCGCUAGCAACGGUGUGCCAAAUCUUCCACCAAAACCCAAUCACCUAGUAAUGACACCAUCGACGUCUUACUCGGCUUCCACAAUCCAUCAUCAGCCACAUCCCUUAAUACAGCAGCAACAAUCGCAACAACAAUCGCUUUCGCAACUUCAGGUAAAAUCGAAAUCACAGCCCGUAUUGUGUACAACAACAUCGGCACAUCCGAAGCGAUCAACGAAGGCGUUAAAAAUGAGUAAACAACUAGAUGUGGCACCGGUUACACCAUCCAAUCUUGCUCGUCAGAUUUUGCACAAUUUAAACAUAUUCGGAACGAAACAUACGCACCAUUCGGUAGGCCAGGAGUUUCCAACUGGUCUCAGCCAUACUGGCCCUGUCCAACAACAGCUGCAACAUCAGCAACAACAACAACAUCAACAACAGCAACAGUUUCAACACAACACUCUUCAGCAAUCGUUGCGUGGUCAUUCGAAGAAUCGUUCAAUGGCUUUUCAGCGACAGCGCAGUAAGUCCCGUAGUCGAGGUGAAUCACUGAUAGAAACUGAUUCGUCCAGUAUAAAUUCCGGGCGUAGACCGAGCGUUGACACCGUUUCGACAUAUCUCAGUCACGAAAGCAAAGACAGUAACAGCCGCAGUCGAAGUAAUAACUUAGGAUCCGUUUCCGAUUUGUUGAACUGUUCGAUGGGCAGUGAUGAUGUGUUUACCUCAUCACAACCGAACAUUCCAGGAGCGAUUGUUGGUAUUGAUCCAGCCAGCGAUAUGAUAUCCCGCUUCGUACGAGUCGUAGAUCCACCGCAAUGGCCCCACGCUCAGCCAUGCCCGAUGUGUAUGGAGGAAUUGCGUCAUAACGGUCUUAAUCCCACCGUUUCGUUGUCACGCUGCCAACACUUGAUGCAUCUCAACUGCCUGAACGAAUUGAUACUGGCCCAGAAAAAGGACACUCAAAAGUCCCUUUAUAUCGAAUGUCCGAUCUGCAUGUCGGUCUACGGAGAGAAGAAUGGCGACCAACCACCGGGAACCAUGUCGUGGAUCGUAAUUCCAAAAAGCCUACCGGGACACGAAGGCCAGAACACCAUUCAGAUAACGUAUAAUAUCGCUUCCGGCAUUCAAAGCAAAGAGCAUCCUCAUCCGGGAAGGGCUUUCUUUGCAGUUGGGUUUCCACGAACGUGCUACCUGCCGGAUGGGCUGCUGGGUCGGAAAAUCCUGCGCUACCUGAAGAUAGCGUUCGACCGCCGGUUGCUGUUCUCGAUUGGCCGUUCGGCCACCACCGGCCGAGAGGAUGUCGUACUGUGGAAUAGUGUUGAGCACAAGACACAGUAUUCAAUGUUCCCGGAUCCACAGUACAUGCAGCGUUGUAUGCAGCAGCUGGUUCAUCUCGGGGUUACUGAUUAGGUUUAAGUAUUAAACAUUCGUUCGAAUUUUAUCUUAUUGGAAACGUACUGAAGUGAUAAGACAGUGUAUUAUCGGCAGCUUCUUUUUGUGAAACUCGUAAAUUAAGGUGAUAACAAACAAUUCUUCCGAAUGAAACAUGUCUUCCUGCGUGAUAUGACAGAAGUAAACUUUAAUUAGCAACGACAAAUAGAUUCACGUCAAUUAUUAGAAAAUAAUAAGUGCCAAUAAAAUGCAACACUGAUUAUAUAAAUUUUACACGAAACUAUCUCUUAGAGGUUAUGAUUUUAUCAAUUUAAUAGUGAAAGGAUAGAUUGAAUUAAAUCUAAUGAUAAUGAAUAAUACUUCUUCCAUGUUGGUCCAGUAAAGUUAAUGUUCCAAAUGUACAAAGCUCCUUGCACAACUAGAAUUCGUCUAGCAAAAUGAUGAAGUAAGUUUUUUUUAUUUAGCAUUUAUGUUCCUUUGGAGUUCUUGACGUUGCUUAAAAAAUUUUAUCGUUUCUAUGUGUAGA